UAAAAAAAAGGUAACUGUUGUGCAAUUUAAAGGAGGUAAGGCAGUUAAAAAGUCAAAGCGAAGUGUUCCGCUUCGUUAUGCAGUUCAACAGGCCUCGACGUCGUUGGUUUCUAGCUUAGGUGAAGUCGAAGUCGAAGAGAAUGUUAUGGACGAUACUGACGAUAUUCAUGAGAUCGAGGAAACCACCCAGAGGAAACCUAGAAUUCGUAGAAUUCGUCUGAAAAAAACGCUGCAGGCCUACCGUGAGAGAAAGGCAAGACUUGCUGCUUCCUGGGUGGAUAUUAGGCAAGGACUUGUGUCUGCCCUUCUAUAUCGGCAGGCAUUGCAAGAAGGACAGAAAUGUGUCAUUCCUUCCUGUGGAAAGGAUGCUUUCGGGAGAUGCCUCCACUGUGGCCCUGGACAGUUUUUGUGUGAAGAACGCAUAGAAACUGUCCAUGGUGGAGGUAGAUCCCUACACUAUCCAGAAUUUUGGAAGGUUAGUGUACUGUACUACUUUACUACACAUUAAUAAAGACUUAUAAAGUAAGCAGGUUUUUUUUUUCUUCACGAGAAUAGGUUAAAUAAGAAUUGUUUGCUUCAGACUAGGUGUGACUAUUUGUUUCUUGCAUACUAUAAGAACUAACUGGGGCUUGAUUGUGCAUAUGUGGAACUGUCUGUUGCUUGUGCAUAUGUGGAACUGUCUGUUGCUUGUGAUUGGUCGCUGUUCUUCAUUUUUUCCCCUUUUCAUUCAGGAUGGUAGAUACCUUCCUUAUGUACUUAAUGAAUGCGUUUGGACGACACCUCACAACAAUAAUCACGGAUAUAUCCGUGAAAUUACAGCAAUUGGUGUAACUGGUAAGUAAAUACUAGUCACAGCUAUGUGCCAACGUGUUCUCACAUUUUUACAUUAAAUAUGUGAGAGCUAAAAACUGUACAGGUUUGCUUAAAAUUUAAUGGCAUGUUUCUGUGACAUAUUUUUGCCAAUUGCUUACACAGCGCUAGGAGCCAGGCUUACAUAUAUUGGCUCCACUAGGUAUUUUCAAACCUAUUACUUGUUUAAACAGAUUAUAAUUGCUUUCUUAAUCUUGUAAUCUUGUUUAUAUUUGUUUUGCCAAAGCAUUCUCCCAACUGUUACAAAACAGUUCACUGUUAAUUGUAUUUAUGUUGAUAUUUUUGCACUUUCUUCUUCAAAACAGCCCUACAUGAUGAAUUAACCAUUAUUUACAGUACAAAUGGCUAUCACAAAGUCCUGUACACUUUCUUUUUUCAGGACAGCAUUCCAUAAAAGUUAAGUUUUGUGAGCAUGAGCCUGAAGCUGCAACCCUGGUUAGAAAUGGUUUUUGGCCAUCCUCUCCCAAACAACCUCAAGCUGCCUUUGAUCAAGGUUUGAUGAUGCUCCUUCAUUAUCUGUUUCUGGAGUGCAGGGUUUCGCUGAAAAACAUAUAUCAAGGACUCCAGUGGAUGGCUCCAUCUCUUUCUAAAGUUUAUGUAAGUUCAGUGUUUUACCUUUCUUGUUUAUGUUCUUUCAUCAGACAGCCUAUGACAUUUCAUCAUCACUCUUAGAGUAUAAAUGUUUGAAAUAGUAAUCAAUACUGUUCUCAGCUGGCAGGAUAUGAGCUGGUCAAUAACAUUUAAGUCCUUUGCCAUUUGCAUACUUAUCAAUGGUCACGUGCCCUAUUGCUACAGAGUCAGACUCCUGGUGAAGGAUGCUUACAGAAUUCUUGUCGGAGAAUGCUUUGGAGAGUUUAGGUUUUUGAAAAGCAUCAUUGACAAUCUCUCCAAUUUCAAUAACUCCUUUGGUGAAGAACAUGAAUGUCCUGCCUGUCCUAAGGAAAAUGGCAACAUGUAUAUUUCCAUUGAUGCUCUGUUUGGAUGUGUAAGAAAGUGCAGUGCUGGGACUAGUGCCAAAGCAGCUAAUCAUGGAGAGACAAUGUUUAUUGAGCAAGGAAAGGUUGACUCAUUUUUGUCUUCGUACAACAAAAAGUCGACGUCCAGAGCAAUUGUGAGUUUUCCUGUUAUAGUUUUUUUGAAUAAUGUUGCAGUAGUCCUUCCAUAGGGUUGCUGAUGUAGCUGUGAUUUCUACAUAAAUUUAUUUAUAAUGUAGCUAGCAGAGCUAUACAAGGGAAUUCAGUAUGCCUAAGCAUGCCCAAGCGAUCACUUUACAGGAUUCCUCACACAAGUUUAAUUGGUUCCUAUUAGCUGUGUACUAUCAAGUUAUGUUAUGUGCACUUGGUAAAUUUAGAGAACACACUGGGUGCUACAGUUACUCUCAGCAAUUGCUUAAAGUAAGUCUUACACUCCAUUAAGGCUCUCCACGCUUCCUGCAUGCACCAUAAGGCAUGCUGUUGCUGAUUUAUUUCUUUGUUAAAUGAACUCAUGUGACAGUUAACUCUGCCAAGAGUGGAUGCGUAUGUGUGUGUGUGUGUUUGCACUCUUGCCAGUCCCAAGCCUGGGUGAAGGAGGAGGGGCUGUCACAUUUAUGUUUGUCGCUAUUCAGCAAAGGGCUGUCAUGUACAUGACAGUGCCAUAUUUGUCGACUAUUUGUAAAUUACAUUUCAUAGUAUAAUGUAACACAAACUUAUUAUUUACAGAUUGUUUUCAGAUAUCCGUAAGGAUGUAGCUGGAUGAGAUGAUUAAAUGUUCAAGAGCAGUGACUGCAAAGCAUAUUCUAGUUAUCAUUACUAUUCUUUUCAAAUCAGUAUUACAGGAAUCAUGCAACCAAUUCCAAGCAGGGUCUAAUCUCCGGUCAAAAAUUAAGUCCAAAAAGUUGGAUGAGACUGCCCUUUUUGGUGCUGGCUGCAGACAUGAAGUCCCCCUGAAAUUCUUCAGUUUAAAGAGAGGAGAAGAGUGUGUAGAUGUGCCUGUUACAUUUUAGGGUGACAUAUAAUGAAUAUAUUCAGUGUACUUUCUCCAUAUACCCAUACAGUCCACUGAAGUAGCAUACAGUUUCAUCAUGUUUGUAGACUUUGUUAGCCUUUAUUAAAGAACAACAUGCAUUAUGUAAUUGUAGUUUUAUGACACAGUUACAGCUUUCUGUGGUCAGCUCAGUGGUCAAAUUUUAUUAUUUGUGUUCAGUAAGUAACUAACUUGUAACUUUAUCUUCAUAUUUUGUAGAAUUGGAAAUGCUGUGUUCCUUCUAAAAUGGAUUAAGGAACUGGUUCAUGAGAAGGGCAUAAAUGUUUACUUUUUCUACGACAUUGCAUGUGUCUUGGAUGCUCAUCUUAGGGUGUGUCUUAUAGCUACAAGAAUGUCACUGUACACUGUAUCUUUUGCAUUUUCAUUGCUUCUCCCAUUUAUUCUAGUGUGAUGUUUAUGUUAUUGUCUCUGCUUUAAGUGUUACAUGGUACAUGUUUGUGUUUUAAUUAUUGACAAGGUAAAAGACUUCAUUAUUGGUAUCAUUUUUAGAGUACUCACCAAGAAAAUGUUCUGGACAAUGUUGUGGUGGCAAUCCCUGCAUUUCACUGCUAUGGUCACAAGGUCUCAUGUCAGGUGCAUGAACGGUUUUUUAAUGUUUUUGUGUGAUAUAAUUAUGUUAAUUGUGACCAUGCCCUAUAUUGCAAUUAUUGCAAUUAUUGCAAUAUAGGGCAUGGCACAAUUAACUUAGAUAGCCUUUGCAUGUCUUGCUGUUAGGUUUUCCUCUCAUUUCGGUUGACUUGCAUGGUAGCAAUUGACAAAAUCUUACUUAAUUUCCAUUAAUGUUUGGGCAGGUCGCAUAUAGUGGGAAGCGGCUGGAGGGCUUUGGUUUGAGUGAUGGCAAAAUGAUGGAAAGGUUGUGGUCCUACUUAAGGCCAACAUCAAAGAUCACGAAAGAGAUGACUCCUUCCCAUAGAGUGGAUACAUUGACUGACUUUUUAGUGCAUUAUGCCAAAAAGUCUAUUUCAAACAUUGGUGUGUGUUCACAACCUGUAUUUGAAGUGAUCUACAAAUAAUUGCUACAUUGGCAAUAAGUAUUGUAAUAAAAAUAACUUAUAUUUACAGGCUAAAAAAUGGCUUAAAAGUUAAAAACACUGAACGUUCAAAUACAAAUUUGAUAGUUGACAGGAGUCCUUUCUAAUUGGUUGUGCCUUGUUAUACAUGUAGGUGAACGUCUCUGUGACCACUUAAAAAAAGCUGAGCAAACAAAGAAAGAAACCAAAGAUCAGCUGGAAUUGCUUCUUCGUAAACUUAAGGAAACAGGUUUGGUCCUAGUGCAAUUAUCGUGAUAAUUGAAAGUGGAUACGGCUGCAAGAGUACUUCUUCAAGUAUUUCAGACAACAUUGUAAUUCAGUAAUGCUAAAGAAAGGGCUAAUCAUGACUCAAUUUCAAACUACGAGCUUGAAAAAUAUGCAAUUUUAAUUAUCAAUUCGAUUCAUUGGGUACUGGAACAGUAAAUUUUGUAUUUUUUGGUUCGAAAUUAUUUUGCCAGUUUAAUGUCAAUUGUCUGUUGUUUAGUUAGUGAUCCAAAAUGAUUAUUGGCUUUCCACAACUGCAACUGCAUUUACAGGUGCAAAAGUGGAACUAGCAACCGUGGAGGAAUGGACAAAAGCAGAAAAAGAAUCCAUCCUUCAGGAAUCCGCAAAGACCAAUACAAAAGCUGGCAAGUUUCCAUUAGUGAAGAUGCUCCCAACUGAACCAUGGUCAUCGUCAUUUUCACUAUGAUGGUUGCCAUUAUCAUCCUACUGAUUGUUAAAUUGAUACCGCUUAUCAUUAUGGUAUCACAACGUUGACCAUCAUCCACGUCUGCACCCAUAGCACUGCGAUAUAAUACCAUUGCUAUUACCAUUGCCAUCACCAACAUUGUUAUCUUAAUCACUGCAAUUAUUUUAUUUUACAGAUCGGUCUGCUCCAGCUGGAUAUCCGGAAAAGUUAAAACAAUACUAUACUGUGAGGUAGGGUCAUAUGAGCUGGGCCGUUUGUAUUCUUGUAGACUAAAUGCUUUUUGCUCUUUGAUGGUAGAGACAGGCAACAUAAAUAGGCCAAUUUGGAUAUAUUAAGAUACAGCUCGGAGCAACAGACCUCAGCACGAGGCUCUUUGGAAUAAACUGUGGAGUUUUGGGGGUUUAUUCUCCAGAGCCGCACAGUGAUUUCUUUUGCUUUAGGCUGAAUUUUUUAGAUAUCGAAAUGGGGCUAUUGCCACAUUACUUACUGGAUUCUCUUUUAUCUUAACCAACCAGUUUGAUAAUGAUCUCUUUUUGUUUUACUAAUUUCAGAACAAGUCUUUCCGAUUGUGUAUCUGGUUCUGACACGUGGCAGAUCUUAACAACUCAAUUAAACCGGUAGGGUAACUCUUUUUAGCGGAUCUAAAAACUUGACCGAUCAACAUCCUACUAAGCGGUGCUUCCCUUUUUUAGCUUGGACGAAGAACUUAAGAAAAUGGAAAAUGGUGGGCGUCGUUGGCCUCCCAAUAGUGAGACCUACCUGAGUUACAUUAGGGAGCAAGAAGAUAAUCGCCGAAGGAGUUUGCUCCUUUCUAUGCGCAACAAAUGUUCCGAGAGGUGGUUCCUUUUGCAGCUAAUGAAAAAGUAUGCAGGUAAUGUAAUUAUAACUAUACAUGAAAGCAUCCGUUUUUAUAUCAGCUCCUCUGUAAGUGUGUGAGUACACAUCGUGCUCUCAUUUUCCAGGUCCAGCUAUGUUAUGGUGGACACUAAACUAGUGUAUGCUCGGGAAAUUGUUGUCAGUGCUAUGAUGUCAUCGAUCCGCAAAGAAAUGGUACCUGUGCCAAUGAUUGUCAGUACGCUAAUGUACUCGCAGCAAAGAAAUGCAUGUCCUUACUGUGUUUUUUCUCUUUACAGAUGGACAAGCUAUUGCCAAAAAGCUCUGUGGUCAGAUUUCAAAGACCACAAGUUCAAUGCAGCAGCUGAUUAAGCAGUACGGGCGGGGAGAAUCCUUCAAGGGAUGCAAAUAUCCUCAAAAGAUCGUCCUCCAGGAAGCAUUGGAUAUCACUUCUUCCUUAUGGAAUACUCUCGAUGAUUCCAGUUUAACAUCGCGUGGUGUACCUUACUGCAUCAAACGGCAAAUCAUUGAUUUAAAUCACGUACUGAAAAGAUGUGCAGAAGAGUCUGAUCUCAUCAAGGAAGAAAUUAAGAGAGUCGGCACUUUUUACCAGCGUCAGCUUGACUUUCUAGAUUCCUGGUCAAAGCAGUUAGCGGGUGGCACGGAUUCUCACGCCCGCGGUUUGCUGUCCAUUGUCCUGUCCAGGCACGACGAACUGGAAGCAUUCUCGAUUCAUCUCCAAAACCUGUUUGCUCGAUAUAGUAAUGAAGGAGAAGACGCAGAAGCAGGUAUUUUAACGGAAGAAGCCGAAAGAAGUGAUGGUGGUCGCCUUGAUGAGGAGCAUGAUAAUGAUGGUGUUGAUGAUGAUGAUACAGAUGAUGACGAAGAUGGUGAUCAAGAUGAUAAUGAACUAGAGAAAGAGGAUGUCCUUGAGGAUCUUCGUUCAAUUCUUAAUGCCGAAUAUGGCAGCGACGAUGAUUCCGACACAGACCAUUCUGAUUCCGACUCAACGUGAGAGUCUUUUUGAAAGUGGGAAACCUAUGAUUUUCGCUUCCCCAACUUCAACGGGUGAAGAAGUCACCAGAAUUGGAAUCUUUAAGGUCUGUGUCGGUAUCUAUGUCCAUCUUAUCCACACUUUCUGUGGAUAAGAUGCUUGUCUGUGUAGAAGCUUUCGUCUACUGUAUAGGAAUAUGAAAAAUAGCUACGUAACGUAUUAGUAGUUCGCUUGCAUCCAUAUACAUUGUAGUAAAGUUAGUAAACUAAGAUAAGUAACUUAGGGACGGUGCCAACUAAAUACAAAGGUUUUUGCGCCAGGGUAGGACCACACGGAAAAAGUAGACCUUUGCAAGGGCUAUCGGAAUACACAAAGGAAAAAGGGGGUAGCCACGCAUUUUUUUCGAGAUA